AUGUCUGUUGAUUCGAAUUCGAAUGAUGGCAAUGUAAACAACAAUAAUUUAAAUUAUCAAGACAGCAGGUUCUUACGUAACUCCGAAAUCAAAGAUUUCCUUGUUGAAACAAUCAAACCCGAGCUAAAAGAAUUCUUCAGACCUUAUCAGCUUCCGGAAACAUCUGUCCUAUACCGUAACAUUCCUUUAAUUAUCUCAGAAAAACUCACUGAUCCAAUAAAUGUUGUAAUUAUCUUUCCAUAUGAAAGAUAUCGAAAUAAUGUAAUCAAAGUCCUCAUUUACUUCUACCUCAAAGUCUCAAAUGUUAAUAACAUUAGCACGUUGAUAGAUAUGUUUUCAACAAACAAAUUUUCAAAUUGCAUUCAAAACAUUAAAGUUGUUAAGUAUUUUGCUCGUGCAAAAAACAUGUAUUCUUUCAAUUAUUAUCUUAUAAUGCCAAAUGAAGAUCUUCAUUUCUUUUUCAAAGAAAUUGACCAAAUUCGUCCUGAUGAUAAAUUGUUUUAUUCUUUCAAAAACGUACAUCUCAGAGCAGAAUAUUUUGAUCUAAUAUUGUUGUUAUCUAAGAAUACUGACAACUCAGAAACAAUUCAAACUUUUAUUCAAGUAUUACCUUUGCAAGGUAAACCACUAAUGAUUGAACUUUCUCACAUUUGGGAGAGAAUAUGUAAUUACCCAAAAAAGAUUCUCGCCUUAAUCGUACAAAAAUUCACUUCCCACAAAAAUUAUCAACCAAUUAAAGAACAUAAUGAUUAA